UUUACAUGAAUAUGAUUUAUUUCAGAAAACAGGAUCCCAACUUAACCGUCAGUAAUGCAGAUUGUACCGAUAACAAAUUCACUAGUUCAAGAUUGGUGUGGCCGGAACAGUUACCAAGAGGCGACAGAAUUAAAGAGCAAUUAUAUUACAUACCUAAGGGAUACAAGUACCUGGAGACACCAAUCAAACGGAUUUUAAUCUAUACAGGCCCUGGCGCUACAUGGGAGACGCUUAAAGCUGACCAGGGUGAAUUCAUUGGAUGUCCCGUGAGUCAAUGUUGGUUGACCUUAAAUAAGUCACUGGGUCCAGAAGUCGACGCGGUGAUGUUCAGGCAUUUUUACAAACGCCCCGAGUACCAGAGGCCGCCCAAUCAGAUUUGGAUUUUACUUAACACCGAAGCUCCGCCGCAUCCCACUAAAAUCGUAAGCGACGCCCACGUAAUCAAUUGGACAGCUAACUACCGAUGGGACAGUGAUAUCCCAAUCCCUUAUGGUUAUUUCAUGAAAUAUAAUUCAUCUAUGUCUCAAGACGGGGAAAAAAAUUACGCUGAAAAUAAAACUAAGAAAGUGGCGUGGUUCGUCUCGAACUGCAAUCCGAACAGCAAUCGUAAGAAUUACGUAAACCAACUCGCCCAAUACAUUUCAAUCGACGUUUACGGCAAAUGCGGAAAGCUUCAAUGUCCCAAGGCAAAUGAUAAAUGCUUUGAGAUGCUGAAAAAUGAUUAUAAAUUCUAUUUGUCUUUUGAAAACUCGCAUUGCGUUUAUUAUGUAACAGAAAAAUUUUUCGAGAAUGCUCUGAAUUACGACACGUUGCCGAUUGUCAUGGGACCAAGCCGGAAAGAUUACGAAUUGAUUGCGCCGAGUAAUUCAUUCAUACACGUCGACGACUUCGAGUCACCAAAAAAACUAGCCGAUUACUUGCAUUUGUUAGACAGCAACCAUCAGCUUUACAACGAAUACUUCCGGUGGAAAGGCUCGGGCACGUUAACCAGAGACACGCGUUUUUACUGCCGGUUGUGCGCGAUGCUCCACGACACGGAACGCGGGCCCCGACAUUAUGAAGACGUCAACAAGUGGUGGAGAGGCCCGGGCACGUGUAAUUAAUUAUAAUAAGGAUAGGUCGCACGCACAUACCUGUCAUGAUAUAAGCUGACGGGUUAAUGUUAUGCGACCGAAAUUUGUUUUAAAUGUUUAUUAAUAAUAAAGAGCGGUUUGUAUAUUA